AUGGGCAGUGUAGCAAGGACGGUGUGGUUGGUGGUCGUGUGUGGUGUGCUAACCGUGGCAAGUGCCCGCGAGGCCAGUGGGCAAGGUGAGUCCACGUACGAAGAAUACGAUGACGAGAGCCCGUACCAGGGCGGCUACCGGGAGGAGGCGUACUCGGACAGCCUGGAGGACUUUGCCGUCCACGAGGAUGUGCUCGAUCCGAUCACUGACGAUGACAUUUCUUACUCAGGAUACGAUUACGAGGAAGCGCUGGAAGACGAUGGUGCAUCGUCGGUGCGUUCCAUAGUGGCCGCACCCGUUACGAUCGCUUUGGCCGUGCCACAAGUGAGCCAACGAAUCGGGAACGAUUCGGAUAGUGAAAUGGAUGGAAAGCUGUCCACCUUGCUGGACGAUGGUGGGUCGAGUACGGCACUCCCCAUUGAACGGGUGGGGACGGGUGUGCUUGAUACAACAACCACCACCCUAGCACCUUUGGAGGAACGUACCUGCCGGGGCCGUGAGAAACUAUCAACCCAACCGACGUUUGUUAGCCGCGAUCUGAGCGUGAUCAGAAAGUGUUGCCCGAAAGGUGAAAGCCUGACAAACGAAUAUUCCCACUACGUGUCCUGUAGGCCGAACGCACCGAGCACCAGACUACCACCGGCGAUAGUGGCCCAGUUCUAUCAGGACUGCAUCGAAGACCUGGAGGAGGACAUUGAGCUGGAUGUGCGGUUCGGCAAUCCUUGCCCGAGCGAGGGCGCAAUGGUGACGUUUGGGGAGCGCACGAAUGAUACGCUGUACAUUAUACAGAAUGGGUCGCUGUUGGUGAUCUACAGCAUCAACGAUUAUGAUGUGUACGAUACGUACUGUUUGGAUUAUGAUCGUGAGGAUGGCACGUUGCUCGGGUACGUGUGUCCGUCGGAGGUGCGCAUAAUGGUGGAUCUGGUCAAGGGUCAGCUGUUUUUGCUCACCAUCUGUCUGAUCGUGGCCAUCCCCGGGUUGCUCGUCACGGCGCUACUGUACAUCAUCAUACCCCAGCUGCACGAUCUGCACGGGCGUGCGCUAGCGCUGAACUGUGUCAACUUUGCGAUUGCACUGCUGCUGGAAUGCUUCUUCCAGUACCGUAACCGGGGCAAACGGAUGCUGAUGGAUGAUAUGGUGUUGGAAAAUUACGCCGAGUACUUCAUACUGGCCACAUUCUUCUGGCUGUUGGUGAACUGUGCGAACAAUUGUUUCCAUGCCUGGUAUUAUGUGCCAAAGGGCAAGAAAUUUAACAUUCGGGAAGAAAAUCAACGUUUCGCAGUGUACGCAGUUUUUGCCCAGCUCAUCCCGCUGCUGAUUGUAUUGGGCUACUCGACGACACCCUCAGGAAUGCCCGCGAUUAAGCAUUAUCUCUUCAUCCCGAUCGGUGUGACGUUGGGUUUGGGUUUCAUAUGUUUGCUGGUAACUUUAGUUGGGUUACAGCGGUUGAAGGAGAGUUAUUACCACUGUCACGAGGUACGGUACCGCCUAUGGGUGGAAGGGCGUACAGAUGAGGUGUGCAAAUUUGUACCAGUUUCUGGGCGCAAAGUGAACAAAGUUAUCUACAUGUCCAAGUACACGGUACCGCUGUUUUUUGUAAUGGGCAUCAUCUGGACCGUAAUGGCGGUGACGUACUACUCCACGUACGAGCUGCCCAUCUUCUACGACAUUUUGUUUGGCUUCCAGGGUAUCCUGAUUUUCAUCAUCUUCGUCUGCAUGCCGCGUCCGUGGGAUACGAUCAAGAGGUGGUUUGUCAGCGAAAACUACUGCGUGUGGAUGUGCGCUAGCGAUCAGGUCGAUCAGCAAACGGUUGAGCAACAGGCACCAAUGAGGCGACAGUUCGUACCGGUACAGGAGGCCAUUGCAUGCCGUGGCGUAAACGGUGCUGCCUACAUCCCUGCACCGAAGCAGCUUAAUCGUAACAAAAAUCCUUUCACCUAUCUGCAGGAACUUUAG